AUGAUUUCUGUUAUGGUAUUACUGGUCUAUGUAAUAGUGGUUGUGAUUACUGUUAAGGACUCUGAGAUUGUUGUCGACAUUAUGAGUUCUGAAAUGGUAGUACCCGGCUCUGUAGUAGUAGUAGUUGUAAUCACUGUUGGAGACUCUGAGGUUGUAGUGGAUGAAUACGAAGUUUUCUCUUCAGCACUUGAGGGCGUAUCUGAGAUGUCUGAACUAGCUAGCUCUGACGAGGUCUCUGAGGUUGAACCAAAGGUUGAAAAGCUCGUAUCGGUUGACUCGUUCGGCGUGGUUGUGGGCAGAUUUGAUUGCCCCUGCCCAGUAGAUGGCGAAGCCUCAGAAGACGACGAUGCCUCAGUAGACAAUGAUACUCCGGAACCUGGCGAUGCCUCAGCAGAUGAUGUUGCCUUAGUGCUUGACUCGUUGGAGAAAAUAGAUGACUCAAUGGGGAUGUUACGAACCCGAAUGCCUGCGUCUGCGGGAUACUUCCGUGAGGGCUAG